AUGGUCGGUCCUGGAUCGGAAGGAUCAGGGAUGGAAGAGUGCAGUGAGGACAGAUGUUGGGAGGACCUAGCACGAGAUGCCCUAGGCCUCAUCUUCUGCAAACUGUCCCUUCAGGAGAUCCUCACUGUGGUUCCGGGGGUUUGCAAACCCUGGAGCCGGGUAGUUUCAGGGGCCGACUGCUGGCAGGACAUCGACAUUCAGGAGUGGAGCCAGCAGAGCGAGCCUGACAAGAUCACCAGGAUGGUUCAUAUGCUCCUCUCUCACAGCGCUGGCUCGUGCCACCGCCUUAGUGUGUCCAGGCUUCCAAACGACUCAUUGUUCGCCUUCAUCGCGGACCAUGCGCAAUCUCUCAAGACUUUGGAGAUUCCAAGGAGCGAGAUCGGUGAUGGCAUAGUGGAAGAUGUCGCACAAAGACUAACCAAAGUUACAUUCCUGGAUGUAAGCAGCUGCACCAAGAUUGGCGCUCGUGCUCUGGAGGCAUUCGCUCAGUCACCUCGAUCUAGGAGAUACUUGCUCAUCGCGACUACGGAUGUCGUGGAGAUCGCCUCGCGGUGCCAAGACCUCAAAUUCUUAGAUCUGCGUGGCUGUUGGGACGUUGAUGAUAAGAUUUUGCAAGAGAAGUAUCCUGGGCUGAAAAUCAUCGGCCCCUGCGUGGACGACUGCUUUGGGAACAACUUCUGGGAUGAAUGCUCGGAUGAUGACUCCAUUUAUUCAUGGGAAGAGUUCAUGGACAAUGACUACUUCGCCAUCGGGAGUGACGAUGAGGCCAUAUGGGACGACGAUCACGUUCUCGAAGGACUAGAAGUUAGGUUCUAUGGUGGUGUAUUCGGCGAAGGCUUCGCAGGUGGACAUACUACUUGCAUGGUCGGUCCUGGAUCGGAAGCAUCAGGGAUGGAAGAAUGCAGUGAGGACAGAUGUUGGGAGGACCUAGCACGAGAUGCCGUAGGCCUCAUCUUCUGUAAACUCUGGAGCCAGGUGGUUUCAGGGCCCGACUGCUGGCAGGACAUCGACAUUCAGGAGUGGAGCCAGCAGAGCGAGCCUGACCAGAUCACCAGCAUGGUUCAUAUGCCCCUCGCUCGCAGCGCUGGCUCGUGCGACCGCCUUAGAGUGUCCAGGCUUCCCAACGACUCAGUGUCCGCCUUCAUCGCAGACCAUGCACAAUCUCUCAAGACUGUGGAGAUUCCAAGGAGCGAGAUCAGUGAAUACAUAGUUGAAGAUGUUGCACAAAGGCUGACUAAAGUUACAUUCCUUGAUGUAAGCAGCUGCACCAAGAUUGGCGCUCGUGCUCUGGGGGCAUUUGGUAAGAAUUGCCAAUCCCUUGUCAGACUUCGGCGAGUCAUGCACCCCAUGGAUGUCGGAGGGAAGGUGUGCCACAAUGACGAGGCCCGUGCUAUUGCCUACAACAUGCCAAAGCUUCGCCACCUCGAGAUAGGGUACAUGAUCAUCGCGACUACGGCUGUCGUCGAGAUCACCUCCCGGUGCGAAGACCUCAAAUUCGUAGAUCUCCGUGGCUACUGGGACGUUGAUGAUAAGGUUUUGCAAGAGAAGUAUCCUGGGCUGAAAAUAGUCGCCCCCCACGUUGACGACUGCUAUGAGAACGGCCUCUGGGAUGAGUGCUCGGAUGAUGACUCCAUCGACUCAUGGGAAGAGUUCGUGGACAAUGACUACUUUGCCAUCAGGAGUGACGACGAGGCCAUAUGGGACGACAUUCACGCUCUCGAAGUACUAGAAGUUAGCUUCUAUGGCGGUGUAUUUCGCGAAGGCUUCGCUGGUUAUGGCUCGCCAGAAUCUCCAUGA